GACGUCAGUAUUAUUUUCAGCCAUGGCGUCGGAGGGCUGUGAGGAGUUAAGCGGCAACGGAGAGAUCGAAGAGUCUCCAGCAAUAGAGACUCCUGGCAUCGCUGCUGCACAGCCUGUAACUGAAGUGUCAGAGGAAAAUGGCAGUGCUGCAGUGGCCCCUGAUGGACCCGUGGACCCUGACACUGCGUCCUUAAUAGCCCCAGCAGCACAUGAUGAAGGGGAUCUCCCAGCUGACUUUGAGCGCCUGUGGAAGGCCGCUCAUGAUAACUCUCAAGACUUUGGCAGCUGGACUGAUCUCCUGCAGUACUGCGAGCAAGAGAGUCAUGUCACAGCUUCACGCAGAGCUCUCAAAGCAUUUCUUGUUCGCUACCCACUGUGCUAUGGCUAUUGGAAGAAAUUUGCUGAUCUGGAACGGCGUGCUGGAUACAACAACAAAGCAGAGGAGGUGUGCGUUUGGGGUCUUCAGGCAAUCCCGCUCAGCGUUGAUCUGUGGAUCCACUACAUCAAUCUGCUGCUGGGAACACUGGACAUGAACCUGCCUGAAUCGCCCGUACGGAUCCGCAGUGUGUUUGAGGACGCUGUUGCAGCCGCAGGUCUGGACUUCCACUCAGAUCGGCUGUGGGAUCUUUAUGUUGAGUGGGAAAAGGAGCAGGGGAACAUGAGUAAUGCUACAGCCGUACUGGACAGAGUCAUGAAGGUCCCCACCCAGCUCUACAACACCCACUAUGACAAGUUCAAGACCCAUCUGAGCAGCAAUGAACCCAAAGAGGUGCUUUCCACAGCAGAGUACGAGACACUGAGGGCAUUGUGCCGUCAGACGCAGAAGGCAGAGCGUGCUGAACAAGCCCAGGAGGAGGCGCAGGAGAGGCCACCGGGGGAGGAAGAGCCAGCCACACCUGAGGGUACAGACUCGGAGGAACUGAAGCAGAAGAUUCGAGAUCAAGUGCUGGCCAACAGGGAUAAAGUGUACCAGCAGAAUGAGGGAGAAGUGCGAAAUAGAUGGCAGUUUGAAGAUGCAAUCAAGCGACCAUACUUCCAUGUGAAACCACUGGAUCGCCUCCAGCUGCGAGCGUGGCACUCCUACCUGGACUGGGAAAUUGCUCAGCUCACCACAAACACCAAAGACCCGAACCAAGAUCCAAAUCAGGAAGACACAGAGGGGUCAGAGGUCACAACUCAAGGUGAGGAAGGAUCAGAGGCCGGUGUGGUUGUCCAUGACGACCACAGGGUUCGCAUCCUGUUUGAACGCUGCCUCAUUGCUUGUGCUUUGUAUGAGGAAUUCUGGACCAGGUACAUUCAGUACCUGGAGCCACAGAGCGUGGAUGAGGCUCAGGCUGUCUAUAAACGAGCCUGCGAGAUCCACUUGACAAACAAACCCAACAUCCACAUGCAGUGGGCUACCUUUGAGGAGAGGCACGGACACCUCACGGAGGCACGCCGUGUGUUGGAGACCUUGGAGAAAAGUCUACCAGGGUUGGCAGUGGUCCGCCUUCGCAGGGUUGCAUUAGAGAGGCGGGCAGGCCAACUUGACCAAGCAGAAGCUUUGCUCUGGGAGGUGGUGACAGAGUCCAAGGAGAAGCCUAUGUUACAUGCUUUCUACUCCAUCAAGCUGGCUCGACUAUUGCUGAAGCUUGGCAGGAACACCACCAGAGCCCGCAGAGUUUUAGAGGAGGCUCUGGAAAUUAGUCCGGAUAAUGAAAAACUGCACCUGAACCUGUUGGAGCUGGAGGUAUCAGGAGACCCAUGGCUGUCGGCCGAGGCGGUGCAGGUGUGUGUAUCACGAGCUCUGGCAGCUCCUCUCUCUCCACACACAAAGAUCCUCUUCUCUCAAAUGGGCCUGCAGCAUGCUGAGGACUACAGUGCUUCCAUCCAGAGUGUGCUGUCUAUCUAUGAAGAGCACCAGAAACUGCUGAAGGACCUGGGUGGAUCUAAAAGAGAAGCAGAAAAUGGGGAUGAAGACCCAGAGAAGAUUAGCAAAAAUGAUGACGCCUCUGAUGUUGCAGCUACACAAGCCCCACCCACCAUGCCUCACGUACCCAUCACCACGCCCCCUCCCCCAAUGAUGGGCUCCGACAUGAGCAGCCAGGCUGGUUACGGUGCAUACGGGAGCUGGUAUCAGCAACCACAAUAUGGCAACUACAGCUACCAGAACACUUGGAACUACAACCAGGGAUACUACCCCCCCAGUUAAAGUGGGUGGCUUAGACUGUUUCAUGCAGGAAACCAUCCAGUCCUGCUGGUUUGAAUGCAGACUCUUAAUAUAUAUCCCAGCAUCCUUUCUUCUCUGUCCUUCCUCAGUGUUACUUCACUGACCUGGACCUGUAAAAACACAGGUCUGGAUUUUGGCUCGGGGAAGAUACCUGAUCAUUAGUUUGGGAUAGAUGAGAAGAUGAAAGACUGAUGCUCAUUGUCAGCACAUCACCGCGACUCAAUUUUAAACAUAAAUAUUUUUGUAUUUGUAGGCAAGCUGGCUUUCAGUUUUAAAGUUAUGCAGUUUAUUCAAUUUUUCUGCUGAUGUAUGAUUGACGUUUUGUAUCAUUCCACAAAUUAGGAUAGUUUUUCCUGUGUAUAUAAAGGUGUUUUAUAGUGUCACA